CCGCCCCAGGCGAAGUGGCGUCGAUCUAGAGAGUCCCGUGCACACCGUCUCCGUGGGAACCUGAUUAUACUUCCUCGUUUCAAAGGCAGCAGAUUCGUUGUUUCAACUCCGAAAACAUGUUUUUCUUACCGUUUUUCUCAGCAACGACAUGGACUCUAAUUGUUCUCACCUUAACCCUAUUGUUGUUGUAUGGCAUUUGGCCAUUCAACCAUUUUAAAAAGAUGGGCGUUCGUGGGCCAAGACCCUUUCCUUUUAUGGGAACAUUGCCUUACUUUAUGAAAAAAGGUCAACAUUUUACCCUUGAAUGCAAUAAGAAAUAUGGAGAUGUUUGGGGGCAGUUUGAUGGACUUUCCCCCUUGUUAAUGGUGGCCGAUCCUGAAAUGCUAAAGGUUAUUUUAGUGAAGGAGUGUUAUUCCACCUUCACCAACCGAAGGAUCUUUGCUAAAGACAUUUUCGGACCAUUGAAAGAUGGACUUACCCUGGUUAAAGAUGACAGGUGGAAAAGAAUUCGGAGUACCAUAUCGCCAUCGUUUACCAGUGGAAGGCUGAAACAGGUCUUUCCCAUUGUUGAACGCUAUGCUGACCGACUUGUUAAAACCCUUGACACUGAAAAGCCGGACCAAUCUGUGGAUGUAAAAAAAUUUGUCGGCCCCUACAGCUUGGAUGUAAUGACCAGCGCUUCCUUCAGCAUUGACACCGACACCACAGUCAAUCCAGAUGCUCCUCUCAGCGUUCAUCUCAGAAAUCUCUUGAAGUUCAAAAUAUGGCCUUUUUUUGUAAUAAUGGUCUUGCCGUUUACACAACACCUUUUUAGGCUGACUGGCAUCUCAGUAUUGAACAAAACCAGUGUGGAUUACUUCUAUAACCUCGUUAAGCGCGUCCAGCAUGACCACAAGGAAGAUAAAUCUGGACACAGUGAUUUCCUUCAGCUGAUGAUUGAAAGUGAGAUCCAGGAGUCUGAUAUUAAGGACGGAGUAGAGCCAAGUAAAGGUAUGACUGAUCCAGAGAUAGUCUCCCAGGCGUUUCUCUUCAUAUUUGGCGGUUUUGACACCACCAGUACCACUCUGACUUACAUCCUGUACAACCUGGCCUUGAACCCUGACGCUCAGCAAACCCUACAGCAAAAGAUCGACGUGCACUUUUCAAAAGAUAGUCCUGUUUCCUAUGAGGACCUGAUGAAUCUGGAGUACCUGGACAAUGUGAUUUCUGAGUCCAUGCGGUUGCUGCCCACUGCCCCUCUAAUUGACAGAGUGUGCAAAAAAACCUUCCAAAUCAAUGGACUCACCAUCCCUGAAGGGACAGCGGUGGGGGUCCCUCUGUCAAACAUUCACCGAGACCCCCGCUUCUGGACUUCCCCUGAGCUCUUCAAACCAGAACGAUUCAGUAAAGACCACGGGGAGGACAUCCACCCCUAUGCCUACAUGCCCUUUGGCCUGGGUCCACGAAACUGUGUGGGGAUGCGCUUCGCUGUGAUGGUCAUGAAGAUGGUUCUGGUGCGCCUUCUGCGGGAUCACUACGUGGAGACCUGCAAGGACACCGUUGUACCUCUGGAGUUUAAUUCGAUUUUUCAGCCCAAGGAGCCGAUCAAGCUUACGUUUAGUCGAAGGGAACUGUAAUCCUCCAUCAACGAUAAAAUCUGCCCAACAAUUCUACCUCUUAUCUUAAUUUUAUCUCAAAAAUACUAAAUAUGAAUUUGUGAUUGUUCGACUUAAUUUUCACUUCUUUUAUCUUAUCGAUUAUAUUGGACUUCAAUAAGAAGUCCAAUAGACAAGGACUGCGCUGCAACUAUAUAAAUAUAGGCUUGGUGUUUCAUAUGAUGCAAUUAACACUGAGUUAAGAUAAGGAAAACAGUACAAACAAGAUUUUUCUCUUCAAACACAUUAGAAGAGAGACAUCAUUUAAUUUCGUUGUGCUUUUGCCCAUAUUAAUUGGCUUUCAUUUUGAUCAUGUUGCAUAGCUUUACCACCUUUCUAUAUUGGAAUAGUUUGCAUGCUAUCCACUGUUUUUUGUUCAAGACCAGUUGGAAAGAUGCGUUUAUUUUACAAUCCCAUAUAUUUUUUGGAGUCUAAAACAUAUAUGCAUUAUAAUUGAUUGUUUAAACCAUGUGUGUACAUAAAUUAUGUAUUUUAAUUUGAAUAAGUGGUAAAUCAUUAGUGACCGAAAAUGCACACAGCCGGAUAAAAACAUGUUUCCCUUGCUCUUGAGUUGUGUCAAAGCCUGUAUGACUCAGCAGUAAGGACUGUAAUCUUACCUGCAGAUAAUGGGAAAUGACCAAACACAUGGUACAAAGUGUGUGCCAAAGUGUGACCCUACAGAUCUGAACUGCAUUAAACUAUUAUUAACACUGUACCAAAAA